AUAACGUGAAAUUUUCAGCAAAUGACAUGAGUCUUUCGAAGUCUUCUUAAGAAACGGUAAAAAUUCUAUAAACAUCAAGCAACAUGAAAUUCCUUACUUUGUUCGUCGUAGCCGCUGUGGCUUUGAAUGUGGUUGCUGCCAACUAUGGUGAAAAUGUAGAGCAUGGUACCCAUUACUACACCACCACCGCCCACUACAACAGAACCCUCAAGGAAUACGAAACUUAUGAUGUUACUGAAUAUUUCGGCCGCUUCUACGAAUUCUUCAAGAACAUCUUCUACCAAUGGUACAGACAAUUCGCUCAAUUCUUCCCCAGCGAAGUCCAAACUGCCGUUGAAAACGUCUUCAAAUACUGGCCUAGCUACAACCAAUUCUUCACCCCUGAAUUCUUUACUGCCGUCAAAGAAUUCUUCCGUGCCCUCAAGGAUUUCUUUAUGCCUCAUCAAUUCUACGCUUUUGUUGACAACGCUUUAAAUGCUUUCCCCACCAUCACUGAAUUGUUGCCCCCUGGUUUCUUGCCCACCGUUGGCCGUUAUUUGGAUUACGUGCCUUUUGCCAGACAAUUCUUCCAACAAUGGUACUACGUUAUGGAACAAUUGGUGGCCCAUAAUCACUAAUAACAUUUUUCAACCCUAACUGGAAAGAAAUUGGUUAAAGAAUGUCACAAAUAAAAAUUAUUUAAAAAAAAAU